AUACAUAGCUCAUGAUAUGGAAGAGGAUGAUGAAGAUCUUAAAUUUGAAAUAUUUCCCUGGGCACUUGGCUCAUUCUGGAGAGAUAAGAUCAGCAAUUUUUUAAAGCUUAAAGAAAAUAUCUGGGCAAGAAUGAGCUAUAGAGCUGUUGUUAGUCUUAAAUGCUGUUUGGAGCUUAUGUCAAUUUUUCCAGAUCAUUAUAUUUGGAAAAGGACAAGACUGGCGCAUCAUGGAUAUGCAAUGAGACUAGACCUAAGAAAGCUUUAG